GUCACGUCGACGUUAUGGUUUUGUUAAAACGUUGUACUGUUUAUAACAAUCAAUAGAAGUAUUAAAGAUGUUUAAAAAUACGUAUCAAAGUGGAUUACUUUCAAUAUUUUAUAGUUGUGGUUCAAAUCCCUUAGCAAUAUGGGAUAUGGAAGUACAAAACGGUCACAUAAAACGUUUGACCGAUUCAGAAGUUAACUCUGUUGUUCUAGAAAUAGUGAGUACAAAUGUUACCACUACAUAUAUAAGCUGUCCAAAACGAAACCUAUUGCUUGGUAUCAAACUACCAUUUCUGGUGAUGAUUGUCAAAAACAUGAAACGAUAUUUUUCAUUUGAAAUAACGAUUCUAGAUGAUAAAAAUAUGAGGAGACGAUUCAGAAUUUCAAACUUUCAAUCGACAACGAAAAUCAAACCUUUCUGUACAACCAUGCCAAUUGGUUUGUCAGGAGGUUGGAAUCAAAUUCAGUUCAAUUUAGCCGAUUUCACUCAACGGGCAUAUGGGACACAGUUUGUUGAAACGCUGCGCGUACAAGUACACGCCAAUGUUCGUUUAAGACGGAUUUAUUUUUGCGAAAAACUAUACUCUGAAGAAGAGUUGCCACAAGAUUAUAAACUGUAUUUACCUUUAGACCAAAAACUAAAAAAAGGGAAUUUGAGUAAAAAAGAUACGCCACCCGCGCGUACUGUAACUAAGGUAGUUCCAAGACGUGUUAAGCGUCAAGCCUCGUCUGUAAAGGAAACAGUAGCAGAAGUUUCUGUAAAAGCAGAUGUAGAUGAUAAUAACGAAGUUAAACUGAGUUCUGCAGCUAAGACGACAGUAACAACUGAAGGGGAUCUAGCUGAAGAGCCUGAAGAAAUUCAUGUAGAUAAAAAGGCAGACACAGAGAAUGCUGAACAAGAAGAUCCAUCACCAACCCCCACCAACGAAGUAGAAAGUAAAGCCAAAGAACAGCCUGCCAAGGAAGCUGAUAAAAUUCUUAACCCCGAUGCAGUAGAGACAACAGAAGAAGUAUCCACACCAGUACCGAAGUACAGUGCUGAAGGAGCAUAAUGUCCAUGUACAUGAUUAAAGCUUUUUAGCAUGUUGAUAUUAUAUUUUUUUUUCAAAUCACAUAAAUAUACUAAUGACGUUGUAAUUAA